AUGACUGAUGCGCAGCAAGAUCAUGCCCUGGCCGUGGAAAGCUUGGCGCCCGAGCUUGCUGAUCUGAGAAUCGAGCUCUGCCCCAGCCACAUGAGCGAGGGCUGCUUCUGGAAGAUAUACUUCGUGCUGCUGCAUCCUAAGCUCAGGAAGGAUGAUGCCGAGAUUUUAUCCACUGCACAGCUGAAACAACCACUGGCUGACAUCAGUGAGCAAUCAAGAGUUGACAUUCAGAAAACUGAUAAUGUUGAGGAUGGCGACAUGGUCAAGAUGACGAUGGGGAUGAAUGGCUGGAAGAGGAGACAGGUGACCCAGGAAACACAAAAAUUCAAUAGCAGAUGA